AUGCCGUACGACUGGGAAAGCGGGCUGGUAUUCGACGAGACGGUCCAACACAAGCACAAAACACAAUGCAUGGCCGAGCUCCUGGCCCGCUCAAGCCACCUCAACUCCUCCUCUACCAGCACCAAGAAAGGCACGAAUACCUUGUAUGAUACGGCGUUGCGUUUGUUACUAGCCAAAGUGGACUGUCUGGAGAUGGACGCUCUGAAGCACAUUCCCGGUACAUUGCUUGGCCGCAUCUGGAAUGCCGCAGUCCGCUCCUCUUCGAGUAGCUUCAUCUUAUGGAAACACCUAGCCAGGUCUGGUCACUUCAGCAACAGGCAUUCGAAGACCGUGACAGCAGGCUGUUCAAAUUGCAAUCCAUUGGACCUUGGAGCUAUUAUGCCACUCAUCAGCAGCCCGUCGCUGAGCUGGGUCACUCACCUGAGCUUGGAGACAAUACAACUUUCCACGUCGGAAUUGACGAAACUAGCGGACUUGACGAGUUUGCGGACUCUGUACCUUCGAGUUGGACCGCAUCAGGAGCCUUUCCCUGUUGACAAUAUCAUUCGUGCCUGGGCUGCGUCAGCCAAGGGGUGCAAAGCCUUUGGUGUCUUGCAAAUGAUGUUUCUGGAUGUUUCGAGGCCUCUCUCGACGUGGACCUUUCACUACCUGAAUGCCUUCCCUGCCUUGGACACGUUCGCGCUUCGAACGACAUCUGAUCAAGGUCCCCUGGAGUUGCAAGCAGAUGCUUACGGAUGGCAUGGAAGAGAGAAGUCAAAAUUCCUUCGUCAUGCGCGCAAGUGGCUACGAGCUCGCAGCGAUGAUGAGCGCAGCCGUUGUUACUGGAGUGACUGUGUGCUGUCAUUCGUGAAGAAACAAGAAGAUCUCAACGUUGCAGGAGAUCUUCCACGCUUGCAGGUACGUUGCGGCGCCCCACACGGCGGAAUAUUCAGCUGCGACGAGCUUCUCUGCUUCAAGAGGGACUGGGAAUGGGUAGGACCUGCACCUCCGUCGAAAGCCGAAGUCGACAAGGGCCGUGAUGGUGUCGAGCAGCCGACGAAGAGGCGUAAGCUCAAGGCCAGCAAACGGCGCAACCUCGACGACCUUCUUGCUGGGUUCUGA